CACUGUUCUGGAAACCCGCCUCCGCCUCCGCCUCCGCCCUCUCCAUCGCCGCCUGCCGGCGCGUUGACCAGGAUAAUUAAAUGGCGGAUAAUCCUCAAGUAGAUGAUGGUUCAUCCGAGGUGAUCUCGGAAAAUCUAUCUCAGCAGAAGGAAGAAUCUCGUGAAGAGAUGCUUUCUAGACACAGAAAAGAAACGAGUGAUCUGCAGAACAAAGAAACAGCAAUGAAAAAGGGAGCAGCCAAAGGGAGCAAAGCGGAGCAAAAGGCGAAGAAGAAGCAAGUGGACGAAGAGAUACACCGUCUCUCCACAGAGCUCAAAGAAAGACAAGCCGAUGAACUCGCUUCCCUUGGCUACAACAGCAACAACAACACUCAAAAAGCAAAUCUCGAAACCCUAGUCAAAGCAAUCGCCGGAGUUUCAGUCAACCCUACUUCCGAACAGUCAACAAAGCCGAGCAAGAGCAUCAAAAGGCGCGAAAAACGAGCCCAACAAGAAGCAGAAAGAGAACAGAGAAUCCAACAAGAACAGAGCCAAAUUGUGAGCGAUGGAUCGAUUGAAACCGCAAAUCUUGCUAAAAAACUCGAGCCACUUGGUUUCACAAUAAACGAGAUGAAGCCAGACGGGCACUGUUUAUACCGAGCUGUGGAAAAUCAGUUGAGCCUACACUCUUCUUGUACUAGUUAUACUUAUCAAGAACUUAGGAAAAUGGUGGCGGAUUAUAUGAGGAAGCAUUCUUCGGAUUUUGUGCCGUUUUAUCUGUCUGAAAAAGCUGGAGAUGGGGAAGAAGAAGAGGGUUCGGUUAUGGAGAGGUUUGAGAGUUAUUGUAAGGAAGUGGAGUGUUCGGCUGCAUGGGGUGGACAGCUGGAAAUCGAGGCUCUGACGCAUUGUCUGAAAAAGCAUGUGAUGAUUUAUUCGGGUUCUUUUCCGGAUGUGGAGAUGGGUAAGGAGUAUAAAUCGACCGAGGGGAGUAUUAUGCUUUCGUAUCAUAGGCAUGCUUUUGGGCUCGGUGAGCAUUAUAAUUCUGUCGUGCCUAGUUCGCUGCAUUAGUUUUUUUUUUUUUUUUUUUUGAAAAUCGAAAAAAAAUGAUUUGGAGUUGCUAUAUAUUUGUAGUAAGAUGAAGUAUGGAUGAGUUUUAACUUUUAAGCUUAAGUUGUUUCCUUAAUGAUUAUGAUGUUGGAAAUGAUAUUUUAAUUAAACAAUAUAUUUGAGUUUUUGAUAA